UCUAGACAUUCUACUGACAUCGCCACCGGAUGAACAGCAUCUGCCCAAAACGUUCUGAAGACAAGAUAUAUUCGAUGAAAAAAAACAGGAAGAAUGAACAGUGAAAUCUCUUGUGAGAGUGAAGAAAGUAACAAUAUCCAAAAGGAGCUGCCUGAAGAAGACGAUAGCGAAUCAAAACAAGCUUACAAAGAUGAUAGCGAAUCAAAACGAGCUUACGAAGAUGACAGCGAAUCAGAUCAAGCUCUCAACUUGGCCUUAUAUGACGAACCUGAAGAUACCGAGAUCAUUCAGAAAAAUAUUGAACAACGGCCGUCAACCAAUGAGCUUGCUAAGCCUUUUCCAGUAAAAGCAUCAACCGAGUUAUCAACCGUUACAUCUCCUGUCACUAACAUCUCUUCCUUAGCAGCUGUAGCAGCAACAGGACAGCUGUCAUUAAGUCAGUUACUUGCCAUUAGCCUUCAUGGCCAACCACCAUUUCUAAUGCCAGCAAGCUUAACUCAGCAGCUACAAACGGGGAAGUUUCCUCUAGGUUUUAACUUCUCUAGCGAUCAGUCAAGUCCUCAAGAACUUUCACAACUGCAGCUACAACAACAAAGUCUACAGAGUUUGGGACAGUUUCUUUUGUUACAGUACAGCCACCUACCGGCCAGUGUUCAAGCACAGCUGUUCCUUCAGAGUCAGGGUCUUUUGAUGCAACAAUCAUUGCAAAAAGUACAGUCUCAAAUCAAUCAGGUUGGUUCUCCUACCGGGAAUCCACAAGCUGAUGUCCCUAAAGGACAUCAAACUCUUCCUCAGAGAAUCAGAGAAUCCAAUAAACAGUUGUCAUGCCAACCACAGGAGGCGCUGCAAGCCAAGUGUUUUUCCCAGAUUGCUACGCCAAGUUCACCCUUAAAACUACAGUCGAGGGAAGCCUGUCCUGAGGAGAUACCAGCUCUUGAAGAUUUGGAAGAAUUUGCCAAAACAUUUAAGCAGAAGAGGAUAAAACUUGGGUUUACCCAAGGAGAUGUUGGACUAGCGACAGGAAGACUUUACGGAAACGACUUCAGCCAAACUACAAUCUCUCGAUUUGAAGCCCUCAACCUGAGCUUCAAGAACAUGUGUAAGCUAAAACCUCUUCUUCAGAGAUGGCUAGAAGAUGCCGACCGAUCCUUCAACAAAAAUCCUUCAUCUCUUUCAGAAUUCUCACAAGAAGCAAUCUCACGUCGACGAAAGAGACGAACUAGUAUUGACACGAAUGUGCGUCUGGCUUUAGAAGAGGCUUUUAUAGAGAACCAAAAACCUACCUCACAGAAUCUUGCUAAGUUAGCCGAAUCCUUGUCAAUGCAGAAAGAAGUUGUUAGGGUUUGGUUUUGUAAUAGGAGGCAGAAAAAAAAGAGGCUUAACCCUUCCACCAUAGUGGCAGCUCCCUUAAAUAUGACGUUACCCGUCACUGCUACUACUCACCAUCCUGUACGUUCCUCCACCUCAAAUUCAGUUCCUCAAAUGACCAACAUCACAUCAUCUUUGUUAUCUUCAAGUUCCGAUCGAAAUUACUAGAAACUGGUUUUAAAACAGAAUGACAAAAGAAAAGAAGAGCGUUCACUUGGUUCGUGAAUGUUGUAUUACCAUGCAGUUUGUGAGGUAACAAAGACAAAACCGAGCGGGUAUUUAAAACUACAAUAAAGGAAGACCUGGAUAUUAAUAUCUUUUGUUUAGUUUAAGAAAAUGAGUAAAUUGUUUUAAAUAACUGUUCUGAAAAUUGAAAAAAAGAUGUAAAUAUACCUUUAUAACACGAGUGAAAAACUUACCUUGUAAAAGACUCAGGGAUAUAAUAUCUUCCUCAAUAUAUAUAAUAGUUAUUCAGAUAUUUGUAUGAUAAUAUAGAAAUUUACACUUACGUUUAUAUAGUUAUUAAAAUUAUAUCUAAAUGUCGAGUAAAAGAAUCCACCUUCUGUCCUAAAAAUGCUGGAGGAGUUCUACCCAAUCGGAGUCCGAAUAUCACUGGUAGGCGUGGCUCUUGCAUUGCAGGUUAAGGAGUUCUACCCAAUCGGUUAACUCAUUCGUUAGACGUUUAGACUGUUGAAGUUAGAGAAAUAAGGAUAUGUAUUUUUAAAUAGGCUAAUAUGUUAUAUAAUAUAGUGACGUUUGAUUGGUAUUUUAAAUUUGGUUUUCACAUUAAGUAUAAAAUACAAGUAACUGUUUACUUGUGUAUCUGUUUUAUAGAAAUGUUGACAGUACAAGAAAUGUGUUAUUCCUCCUUCGUUGUGUUUUAACCUAACUUGCUCGAGAAUUGAAAUAAACAUUUACCAAUGCAAAAUAAAAUACACAAGCGUCAGCUAUACGCCCCCUUUAAUAAAUAUGCUUUAGGGAAUCUAAUCAAAUUAAUAAGAACAAUAAAGUAACCGAACUCGAGCUUAUGGCCCUACUUUUGUUUGAAAAUUAUGUUUGUUAAAAUAUCUUUGAAUUAUUUGUUUUAAUAAGAUAUAUAUCAAGGUGUAAAUUCUUCAAUCAGCCUUAUUUUACUGAAACAAGUGAUAAAUAUAAGAAAUAAAGUCAUAAUCCUUAUACAAAAACGAGAUUUUAACCUAUAGUUUAUUCUGUUACGGGUUUAAAAACUUUGAUAAUAUCCGAAUGAUUUUUUUUAAAUAUCUUAAAGAUUGUACUAAUAGCUCAAACUCAUCACUCAUUUCUAGAUAUAUUGAUUUACACACAAAGAAACAAAACAUGAUUAAAUCAGAUAAAACACUUUUUUCUCGCAACUCUUUCCGUCUUGGGGCUUUAUCAGAGGUUAAUCUACUAUAUCCCCUCGUCUUGGGGCUUUAUCAGAGGUUAAUCUACUAUAUCCCCUCGUCUUGGGGCUUUAUUCUAUGUAUUUCUCCUGACACAGAAAAUUGUUCAUUUCUCCUGUUUUAUUAAACUAAAAAUUGUUUAAAUUACCUGGCAUGCACGUCAUUACUCGAAUUGUUCCAUAAUUCAGUUUUUUCUGAAGAAGUUUAAAUACAAUGUUCGAUACCUUAUCACCGAAUAUUUAUAUACGAAAUUGGUCUAUCUACCUCGUUGAAAGUGUCUACGCCGAUAUCAAAAGUUUCCAUAAUUUCUCAAGUAAACCAACAGUAGAGGGCGCGAAGGUCGAUUUUAUCAGACAUUCUACAGAUUUGUGUUCUCAACUUACUCUGUAAUACCAGUUCAAGUUCGUAUUCUGUGUUUUAUUCGUGUUUGUAUAUAUUCAUGAAAAUGGCAGGAAAAAAAAAGGACAGCCAGGCAACCACCACGAAAUUUUGAAUUUACGAUUUAUAAAAAAAAAAAAUAAGUUACUUUCAUUAUAUUCAGAUGCGUGGAGAUGGGUGUUUUUAUAAAUUUAUAGUUACAAAUAGAUUUGAUUACAAAAUAAGUCCAAAAGAUCUAUUGCAGUGUUUUCAGACACCAGGCCCUCUAACGUUCACGUCAUCAAUCAUCGUUUGGAAUGAAUUAUUCAACGUGAAAUGUAUUUUAGUUGAACAUUUUAUUCUAAACUCCAUACUCCAUUUCUUUGCCCUUUCGCAUUAUCUCUCUUAAAACUGGAUUUACAGUGGUAUAGGAAGGCAUGGCCCGCCCACUUUUCUAUCUGUCUCAAAAAAAUGCAUCAAAAUUAGAAAAAAAUACUCGCAUGAAAAGCAGGAGAAUGCAUAAAAUUUAAUGCAGAACCCAAGAACAUCCAGAGUCCUAAGACAAGCCCUGAAUCCGGGCUGUAAUGGAUGUGCCUGUAGUGCACAUUCGCUCGCUUCGCACGGUCAGACAAAUCUUGGGGCUUUCCACUUUUAAUUUGCCUCCUACACCUCUGACUUAUGAUGCGAACCUAUGGUUGGCGACCUAUAAUUAAAUAGUCUGAAAAAAGUUGGUAACAACUAACCUAGUAAAGCAUAUAAUUAAAAGUGGGCCUCAGUCAGACAAAGGUUGGUAACCACUAAUCUAGUAAACCUUAUAACUGAAUAGUGGGCCUCAGUCUGACAAAGGUGGGUAACAACUAACCUAGUAAAGCGUAUAAUUAAAUAGUGGGCCUCAGUCUGACAAAGGUGGGUAACCACUAAUCUAGUAAACCUUAUAACUGAAUAGUGGGCCUCAGUCUGAAAUAGGUUGGUAAUCACUAAUCUAGUAAACCUUAUAACUGACUAGUGGGCCUCAGUCUGAAAUAGGUUGGUAAUCACUAAUCUGGUAAAUCUUAUAACUGACUAGUGGGCCUCAGUCUGAAAUAGGUUGGUAACAACUAAUCUAGUAAACCUUAUAACUGAAUAGUGGGCCUCAGUCUGACAAAGGUGGGUAACCACUAAUCUAGUAAACCUUAUAACUGAAUAGUGGGCCUCAGUCUGACAAAGGUGGGUAACCACUAAGGUAGUAAACCUUAUAAUUAAAUAGUGAGCCUCAGUCUGACAAAGGUGGGUAAUCACUAAUCUAGUAAACCUUAUAAUUAAGUAGUGGGCCUCAGUCUGACAAAGGUGGGUAACCACUAAUCUAGUAAACCUUAUAAUUAAAUAGUGGGCCUCAGUAUAA